GACAGACAGGCAGAGAGUGGAGGAUGCUGCCUCUGCUGCCUCUGCUGCUCUGGUAACCCCUCACCUAGAUCAUCCUUUUGUGCACAGCGCGCUGCAGGUUGAUAUCUCUGCGCUCCGUCCAGCUGUCACCGCCUGCAUUGGUUCACCCAGCAGACACACGUAGGCGCGUAUCCGACCGACCAACCCCCCUCUUCCCCCGGCAGACCGAAGAGCCGGCGAGCGGCGGGACAGCCAGGCAGUUUGGACAGGACGGAAAGGACAGAGGUCUCCGCGGACCGAGGAGGUGUGACACUGUGCUGAGUCCCCCCACUGUGUGCAGCAGCACCAUGGCAGCUAUGGGACCUGAGGGCAGAGCUGAAGCAGGGCCAGGCGGGACGCCAGUCUGCCCACCGGGACUACAGGCCUGCGUCUCUACAACAACGCACAACAACAAUGUGCCAGACAGGCAGCAGACUCUGAGCUGUGUCCAGGCAGAGAAAGCACUCGCAGGGCGUGGGCAUCACAGGAACAAGACAUCAGUUCACCUGCCGCAGAAGGAGGCCGAGCGAGGCUGGAGCAACCUGGCUGCUCCUUUACAAACUAUGGGACCCACAAUGCACCUUAGCAACGCGACAGCUACUGGAGAGGCGCCAUACAGUUUCCGCAGUCCAGAGUCGGUGGAGAUGGAUGAGAUCAUGGCAGCCAUGGUUCUGACCAGUCUGUCCUGCAACCCUGUGGUCCAGAGUCCUCCACAAACAGAUCCUGGACCAGCCGGCUCAUCGUCACCAGCUGACAUGGAGUGCGGUGGCGGCGAGCUCUCGGACAGCGGCAGCAGCGGCUACUGGAGCUGGGACCACGGCAAUGUGAGCCCCGCCCCCUCGCCGUCCGUCACAGAGAUGGACAGCAGUCCCGAUGAAGGCCUACAUAUGGAACUGGAGCAGGGAGAAGAGCUUAAUGCCAAAAAGCCAAAAAGCUCUUUCCGAGGUGUGUAUAAGUGUCUGUGGCCCAGUUGUGGCAAGGUGCUAACGUCUUCAGUCGGAAUAAAAAGACAUAUCCGUGUGCUGCAUCUGGGCAGUGGGUCAGACCAGUCCCAGAGAGAAGAGGACUUCUACUACACUAAGAUCUCCUGUGAGACUGUGGACCCCAACUCCACUCCAGCUCCUUCCCAGCAGGCUCUGGGCCAGGCCUCGUCCUCUCAUCUCAGUUGGGCAUCCAGCGGUUCUCCUUCUGCCUUAGGGCUCCAGAUCCCUCCGGCUCACAGGCCCAGAUCCAACUCCAGCUCCGGGCCCGGCCCGAGCAGGCCCAGUUCGCUCAGCCAGUCGGCCCCCAGCAGCUUCUGGCAGAUCCACUCGGAGCAUCUCUAUCAGGCCUGUAGCCCCGUCCAGGUAUCUGUGACCGCCAGAAGCCCCGGCUGCCAGGGUUGGACCCCCACAGCCUCCGUCUCUGGACACAGUAACACUCCGGUGGGUCUUGAAGACAGUUCACUGAUGGUGAAACCUCGUUGCCGGUCUGUCAGCGUCGGGGAACAGUGGCUCCAACAGAACAGGCUGCAGCCGAUGAGUGCGUCGCCCUCCCGCACUCACUGCUCCUUCAGGAAGGGUCGCGGGGAGGCCAAAAAGUGCCGCAAGGUGUACGGAGUGGAGCGCAAGGAUCAGUGGUGCACCGCCUGCCGCUGGAAAAAAGCCUGCCAACGCUUCCCCGACUAAAAAAAAAAGAAACAGCUGCGUGAAGGAGAAAGCGUGAGACACAAUGAGGUGGAUGGACGAAUGAGUGAUAAAAGAGACUUUUAUCAAAAAGAGGUUAUAAAUCAGGGCCCGAGAGCCAUCAAGAAAACAACUGUUCUUUUACUACAUGUGUUGUUUUUUUUUUACUUUCAACCUUUUUAUUUUCUUUCCUAAAAUGCAAUUGGAGUUUUCUGUAUCUUUGUAACUUGAUCCUGAAAACUGAAGUCUGCGUUGGUGCUAGCUGUUGGCUGACCUUGACCAUGUGAUGUGCUACAAGCCUACAAUACUCUCCUACUUUAUCCAAAGGUCAUAUUACUGCCCCUGUAGCUCCACUGUAUUAGACUGCUACUUGGCUGUUUCCUUUAUUCCAAUCCUCUCUUCCAGUGGUUACACAGUGGUUAUGAUGUACAUGAUAUUGUGUGCUUUGAGUUACGUACAAGUAUUUUAUACCUUUUUUUUUUUUUUUUUUAUCGUCUCGUUCAGCCCGUGUAUUGGGCUUUUUUUUUUUCUUUUCUUUUUUUGUAAUUUCAUGUUUUUUGGCACUUUGUUGGAAUAUAAACUCACAAGAAUAAGCUACAUUUGGUUUGACUCAACCAAGUACCUAUUUCCGUCCUGUGUUGGCAUACGACCAGUGUUAAAGGUUUUAUCCGUGAAGCUAUGGAGUCGUGACAAUGGGAUUAGCAUUAGGGGAAUGAGUUUGUAAUAGCAAUAAAAAAGAGGAAAUAUAUUGUCAAACACAAAUUAAAAAGCACUGAAUU